AUAUGGAGUCAUCAGGGGAGCAAGUCCUUGAGGGGAUAUUUGCUGUUGCGAAACCGGCCCAUGUCUCGUCUGCGGAUGUGCUGGAGAAGCUCCAGGCGACCUUUGCACCGUCACGGACAUUUGCGCCUCUUCUACAACACCAGCCACAGCGAACCAGCAAAAGCAGUGACCAGGUCUUCAAGAUGGGACAUGGCGGAACGUUGGACCCACUGGCUGCAGGCGUCCUCAUUGUUGGCAUUGGUCGAGGCACGAAGCAGCUGCAGAAGUAUCUUGCUUGCACCAAGUCGUACGAGACGACUGUACUUUUUGGUGCUAGUACAGACACGUAUGAUUGCACAGGCACGAUCACUGAGCGCGCACAUUGCGCACAUGUUACGAAGACCUUGGUUGAAGCGAAGCUUGCGCAGUUUCGAGGCAACAUCUCCCAGGCUCCACCUAUCUACUCUGCCCUGAAGAUCAAUGGUAAGAAGGCUUGCGAAUAUGCACGCGAUGGCCAAGAACUUCCAAAGCAGCUUGAAAGUAGGAACAUGCACGUUGACCAGUGCACAUUGCUUGGGUGGUACGAGCCUGGCCAGCACGAUUUUCCGUAUCCUGGAGAGACAGUUCCAGCUGCCGUGCCGGCCGCUCGUAUACGCCUUACUGUUUGUUCUGGCUUCUAUGUACGGAGUUUUGCGCAUGAUCUAGGCCUUGCAUGCCAGUCACGAUCUCACAUGGCGACUCUAUUACGGACACGACAAGCCACGUACACGACUUCCAAUCCGCCCGAGUCGUCAGAUCUGAUGACUGCUAUCACAUACGCAGAGCUUGAUGCCGGCGAAGAGAUAUGGUGCCCUAGGAUACGGCCCCAGCUAGAAUCCUGGGUAACUGCAAACCCGCCGGUUACAGGACACGUGAAUGGCCGCAACGAAGAGACAAGACAAAGGAAGACUGCAGAACAGAUCGAAAGACCAAAGCAAAGAUUUCGAGGAGGAUUUGUCGCAGACACCAAGCAAGAAAGGAUUAAACAGCAAGGCGGCAAAUACAAGGGCAAAUGGAGCCGCAAGCCAGCUGCAGAUGAACCUGUCCAGGAGAAGAGCGAACAGGUAUCCAAAAAUGGAGCAGCAUGAAUGCGAGAUGCAUCUUCUAUGCC